AUGAGUCAGGCUACUCCAGUGCGGAUAAUCCUUGGAUAUCGUGAACAACCUUUUCAAAAACCUACAGCAAUCAUCAAUGCUUUCUUUACAUGGCAAGGUAUUCAGCCUCUAGAAGAUUACUAUACACAUAUAUGCUGUGAUCCUCGCUCUUCUCGGCUAUAUCUUGUUCUUGAUAUCCAUUGCAAAACGCAUCCAAAUGUUGAUCUUAACAAGUUAAACCUCAAAGUCUUCAAAGUCGUAGGAAUUGACUCAUUUACAUUUAAGGAUCUCGGAGAGGUAGCUCGCAAGCAGGUUCACCAGCGAUCUGCUUCCCUGAAUUGGGGAGAAGGCAACCGCUCUAGUCAGAGGAAUUAG